AACAAUGACGCGAUAUUGACAUUUUCACAACGACAGUACAAUUGUUAACCAAUAAAAUAGCUUCCGAGUGUGGCGGAGUUGUUUGGUGUAAUAAUUUAGCGGAAAUUCUACAACAUAUACCAAGCGCAUGGUCGUGCAAAAUUCGUUCCAGAAGAAAAUAUACUGUGUGAUAACGCGUAUUCUUGAUAUUGUGCCUGUAUAACGCAACAUUCUUGAUUCUUGGCGGAAGAGUCGUGAACAUUCGUUCAUUUUUCCAUCUGCUAAGUGCUGUGGCAAUGAAUGUGUUCUGCAGUAUAUAACAUUGCCCUCCAAAAUUACACAUAUUCGUGAUUCUAGCAUUGUUGGAACAAAUAGAAAUAUUUCAAGCGUAUACAUACAUAUAGCUUCGAUCGCAAAACGACAUCUAAAGAAGUUCUGUGAGAAAAAACAAAUAAUUAUAAGCAAACCGCAUCGUUGCUGAUUUCGCUGUUUCGCAUUAGUGUUCUGCAAACAAAACACGAAUUCCAAAGAGAAAUCGAAUUAUUGCAUUAAAUUCAUCAAAUUACAUAGGUACACAGUGUACUGUUACAAAAAGUACCUGGUUAAACUGAGAAAAUGCACCACACUGAAAAUGAUAAAAAGCGGGCCAAUUUUUCGGCAUUGAAUCCUAUUAAUGGAGCUAUUAUUAAAACGACCACAACCGGGAAGCCUGGUGAUGUAAAAAAAAUUAUUAUAAAAAAUAUGAAAUCUUAUCCCUCAAUCCCAGAAAAUUUCGAAGAAACUACUUGGAAUCAACUACGCAAGGCGGUAAUUGCAAUUCAGACUUCUACGCCAAUAGAAUAUUCGCUGGAAUGUCUCUGCCAGGCCGUUUCGCACAUGUGUGAAGACAAAAUGGAUUCACAAUUGUACGUUAAUCUGACCGCUUUAGUUGAGCAGCAUGUGAAGGCAAAUAUUGUACCAUUUUUGUCGGAGUCUGGAGACAAAUUGGUAUAUCUGAAGAAAAUGAACGAUUAUUGGCAAUCGCACUGUCAGCAGAUGAUCAUGAUUCGUAGCAUAUUUCUCUAUCUCGAUCGUAUAUACGUCUUAAAUAACCCAACAGUUCACUCAAUCUGGGAGAUGGGUUUAGAACUUUUUCGUGACCAUAUUUCUAUGAAUAAUUUAGUUCAAGCACGCACUGUUGAAGGAAUUUUAAUUCUUAUCGAAAAAGAACGUCAUGGCGAUACUGUCGAUAGAUCCCUGUUGAAAAGCCUUUUACGAAUGUUGUCCGAUCUACAAAUCUAUCGGGAUGCAUUUGAACAAAAGUUCCUUAUUGCAACAAAACAUUUGUAUCAAGCGGAGGGACAGGCUAAGAUGGAAGAACUGGAUGUCCCAGACUAUUUGCAACAUGUGGAUAAGCGAUUGAACGAAGAAGAAGAACGACUGGAACAUUAUCUCGAUGGCUGCACUAGGCAUCAGCUAAUUGUAACCGUUGAAAGACAGUUAAUUAAUGAACACGUUACUGGAAUUCUACAAAAAGGAUUAGAUCAACUUCUAGAGGAAAACAGGCUAAACGAUCUAUCUCGGCUUUACAAAUUGUUUUGUCGUGUUAAGAAUGGUACCACAGAAUUGUGCGCACAUUUCAAUGCAUACAUUAAAAAGAAAGGACGUACAAUUGUUAUCGAUCCAGAGAAGGACAAAUCUAUGGUGCAGGAUUUGCUAGACUAUAAAGACAAAAUGGAUAAUAUCGUAAAUUCAUGUUUCGAAAAGAAUGAGAAAUUCGGCAACUCGUUACGUGAAGCGUUCGAGUACUUUAUUAACCAGAGAUCUAACAAACCGGCUGAAUUAAUUGCAAAGUAUGUUGACAUGAAACUGCGAGCUGGAAACAAGGAAGCCACAGAAGAAGAAUUGGAGCAGAUUUUGGAUAAGAUAAUGGUGCAAUUUAGAUUCAUUCAUGGCAAAGAUGUUUUUGAAGCGUUUUACAAAAAAGAUCUUGCUAAACGUUUGUUGGUUGGUAAGUCCGCCUCAGUUGAUGCAGAAAAAAGUAUGUUGUCAAAACUUAAGCAAGAGUGCGGCGGAGGAUUUACUUCUAAGUUAGAAGGCAUGUUCAAGGAUAUGGAACUGAGCAGAGAUAUAAAUUUUGCGUUUAAACAGAGUAUGCAAAAUUCUGAACACAAAGAACUUCAAAACAUUGAUCUGACAGUAAACAUACUGACGAUGGGAUUCUGGCCAACAUAUCCGGUAAUGGAAGUUACACUUCCACAGGAGCUAUUACUGUAUCAAUCGAUUUUCAACAAGUUUUACUUAGCAAAACACAGUGGACGAAAACUUCAAUGGCAGCCAACGCUUGGACACUGUGUACUUAAGGCACAAUUUGAUGCGGGACCGAAAGAUUUGCAAGUGUCUCUGUUUCAAGCUUUGGUGUUGCUGCUAUUCAACUAUAACGCUGCUAUUUCAUUCGAAGAAAUACGUGCCGCAGUUGUUAUAGAGAUUGGAGAACUGAAGCGCACUUUGCAAUCGCUUGCCUGCGGUAAGGCACGUGUUCUGACAAAAAUACCCAAAGGCCGUGAGGUUGAAAACACUGACAACUUCCAUUUCAAUAACGAGUUCACUAAUAAGUUAUUUAGGAUCAAGAUUAAUCAAAUCCAAAUGAAGGAAACGACCGAAGAACAAAAGGCCACUGAAGAACGUGUGUACCAGGAUCGACAGUAUCAAAUUGAUGCAGCGAUUGUACGUAUUAUGAAGAUGAGAAAAACGCUCAGCCACAACUUAUUGAUCACGGAACUGUAUAAACAGCUCACCUUUCCAGUUAAGCCGGCUGACUUAAAGAAACGUAUCGAAUCAUUAAUAGAUCGGGAUUAUAUGGAACGAGAUAAGGAUAAUCAAAACCAGUACAACUACGUUGCCUAAUUUUUUCUUAAAACGAAACCAGACAAUAUGUCAAAUUAAAAUUUUGUCUGUAAAAACAUUUCUUGUCAGUCAGAUAAAACACCAAACUUUAGAGGCACAUAGAUCUUUCCACAAAGCAAAAAAUAUAUAGUAUAAAUAAUUUUUUGGUUAUAAAUAAGUUUCUCACCGGCCGUGUUAAACUCGACAAAAAUGUUAGUCGCAUUUUACACACAUUUAGUUGAAGAAUAAGGAAUAUAGUCAUGUUGAUCGCAGACUAUUUCUUUUGACCAGAAUACUUUACAAUCGAAAAGCGAGUUGAUUUGGAAUACCCGUAUGUACAUUUUGUAAUAAAUCUGCGAAGAGUGUGUAUGUACGUAUACCGAGAA